CAACGCAGUCUACCGGAAAGUGCCGAUAAACAGCUGGACAGCUGAUUGCCGUCAUCGUCAUUGCCGAAAAAUGGUGAUCUGUGGAAAAUCUUGUGCUCUCGUCGUCCUUGUUGAGUGAAAAAGUGCAUUUUUCCGUGUGGAAAAGGGUGGUGGUGAAGUGGUGCGAGUGUGUGUGGUAGUGUCCUGAUGCUGGGUUUCCCAAAAUGUCCAAUUCGAGUCAUUUCCAGCCAUGGAUCGCGGCCAACAGAGAUGUCCGCGGCUUCUACGGGAAGGCUGAUAACGAGAGUACGGCUGUGAGUACCUCAUCUUCCAUGUCCCUUGACCUCUACACUCAGAUUGGCCUGCAAAAAGUGGCCGCGUUGUACAAGGCGUCCCGGGAAUCCGAGGACGCAGCCACCGCCUGGACCGAGGCUGAUGACGAGAAGACCCGGAAAAUGCAGCAAUUCGUCGAGGCCACGAUUGGAGAUUGCGCGAAAGAGCAGAUUUUUCAGCUCGUCGAGAAGAUAUCUCAACUGAAACCGCCUGAAAGACUUUUUCUGUACCUGCGAAUGCCUGGCGGCAACUCCGAGACUGAUCCACUGAGACAACCACAGAAUCCGCUGGGGACCCGAAGUGAAAUUACACACACCAUCAAUUGGGUGAGAUCCCACCUGGAACAUGAUCCCACGGUAUCCAUUCCCAAGCAGGACGUUUACGAUGAUUAUAUAGAAUAUUGCACGAGAUCGGCCAUCAAGCCCCUGUCGACGGCGGACUUCGGGAAGGUGAUGAAGCAGGUGUUUCCGAAUGUGCGUCCUCGACGUCUGGGGACCAGAGGUCAUUCCCGCUACUGUUACAGUGCCAUGAGAAAGGCCACAAAACUCAGUCCGCCAGUUCUCCCGGAACUCGGAGGCGCCAUAAAGGUGGCUGGUGAUGCGUGUGAAGCAACAGAUGAAGAGGCCUGGCGUGUGGUUAAGGGCUGGGCUGAAAGUCUUCUCAGUGCCUCAUUUGGCACAUUGAAGGAUUUAGCCAGUCACAUAAAUAGUCAUGGGCUGCACUUGCCUGCAAAUACAGCCUCGAGGAUUCUCCUUCAGAAGAAACUCUUGCAGCGUGAUGGAAAGGACAAAAAGAAGUGCUCGCAUGAUGGUGAAGGGACACCGUUGAAGAAGCGUCGCAAGAGACGUCGAAAGAAUUCUGCUUCUUCGACUGAGUCUAUGGGAACGGCAAAUUUUUCUGAUACGGACAACAAUAAUGUCAGUCAGGAAAAUCAGCAUAAUGAUGUGAAAUCGAUGAGAAACAACAGCAACAGCAGCUGCAGUCAAGACAUGAAGCCAUUUGUGUGUGAAGAUCUGCCAUUCGGCAAGGAGGAGCCCUAUGCCAGUCACCAAGAGCCAAACUUAUCAAUUCAAGGUACAAAUUCAUCCUGUGAUAGUGGCCAAGUUUGUCAGACGAUGGAAACAGUGUGCGUGAAGCAAGAAGCCGAUGUAGAGCAUCAAAAUAUUUUUUGCAAGAAGGUGCGUCAAGCGCAGCAGGCUAAGGGAUUGUGGCCACUACAGCCAGUUUCGGGAGCAGAUGGGUCCAAUAUGUCAUCGAAUGGAACUUCCGAGGACUUAAAAGGGCACUGUUUCAGUCAACCGCAGUUGCCUCAAAAUGCCAUAAAGUACGAGAGGAAGAUGCUGCAGCGUGAUGGUUUCAAACGUAUCAAGUUACCAGGUAGUGGUGAAGAAGUGCAGGAGAAUAAUGGAGAGAUUCCUGGAGAUUUCAUCCUUCCACGAGAGCGUGUCAUAAGUAUUUGCAAUAUGGACAAAGAUGCUCUUGAUGACUAUCUCAAUGGUGGUGACAAUUCCCAAGAGCCUGAAGCAGAAUUGAUGCAAUACUUUGCUGCAGAAGUUGAUGGUGCAGCUGGUAAGAGUGGGGAGUACGAGAGUGCAGAUCUAGGGCAAUUGCAGACGAGUAUUCCACUAUUGGAGAACUAUCAAUUGUUCAGUGAUGGCAAGGGGGAUGGAUCAACGAGUCAAAUAAAUCAGCUGCGUCAGUAUCUGCAACAAAAUCUUCAAGGAAGUGGAAAGAAUCCAACGGAUGCAUCUGCAGGGAAUACUCUGAGUCUCUAUCCGGGUUCAGCUUCAGCAUCUCUGGCCAUGAUGUCGCAACGUUUGAUGUCCUCGGGAGAGGGAGCAGGAGGUGGAGUUUCGGGUGGUUUGGGUAGGAGUCCGGUGAGGAAGAAGCUGAAUAUCGCAACGACGACAACUGAAACGGUAUCCAGUGUUCCUCAUAGUCCCAAUACAAGACGCCGAAAUUUCAGUUUCGUUCCCAUCUCGGCUGGACCUCAGAGUCCUCAGAUUCGCACAAAUUCCACAUCAAAUGGCCGUCAGACGCAGACUUUUGUCAGUCCAAGAGUGACUCCAGUUACAAAGCGUUCCUUCAGAGGGCACUGCACGUCAACAAUGGCGUCUGUGAAGACAGAAGCUGCCUCGGCACCGCCUAGUCCGCCAUGGAUGGGAAAGGGAGGGAGUUAUAUGAUGAAGCAGCCUCAGACUCCUGGACAGCUGUCUCAGGUGCAAGAAACACGAUCCCAGAGUGUUCCUCUACACUGCAGAAGCCCUCUAUUUGGCGGUGGCAUCAACUGUUCGGCCUACACUUCUGCUUGCAGUUCAGUAGCUCAGACUCCCAUUCCGCCCGAAUAUACGGACUUUACGAGUGAUGUUGGAAUCUUGGAUUACUUCAAUGGACCAGUACCACCAGCCAGUGCAAAUUCCGGAAUGGUGGCUCCGGGACUCGAUAGUGACCUGAAUAUGGGAGAUUUUCCGGGAAAUUCUCGAUCUGUGCCAGCAACUCCAUUGCCCAUGAAUGGAGCUCCUAUGCCAACCAGUGUUUCAGGACCAGGUGGAAACUAUGGGAAGAUGUACGAUAUGUCCAAGUCAAUGCCAUCGACCCCACUGACCGGUGGUAGUUUAUUCCGAUACAGUCCGGAAAUUAAUCGGGAUUUCCUGAUAAAUGGCAAUUCUCUGGAGACAUCAAAGCAACAAGCAUCAUUCUAUAGUCAACAGACUCCAGCCACUACCAGUACAAUGGCCAUGGAUGCUACGAUGGGAGAUAAAGAAUUUUCCACCUUCACUGAUAGUAUUAUCUCAAAUCUGAAUGAUGAUCCAACUUUUGAUUCAGAACUCCUCAAUAAUCUCUAGGGAUGUGCGUGGAACCAACUGAGCCUAGAUGAAUUCAGGUAAGAGAUCACUUAUCUAUUCCAAGGAAAAUUUUUUAUGAGAUCCCAUGGUGGGAGUCUCUAGAAAAAAAAGAAGCCAUUUCAAUUUUCGAUUGAAUUGGUUUGAGAAGGAGAAAUUUCAGAUAGGCCAGCGACUGUAGCGCUACUAAAAAAUCCAAAAUAGGUUGGUGUCUUGGAUAGUGUCUGGUGCCUAAAAGCAUUUUUAGGCAUAUUUUUCGAAGGAUAUGAAAGAAACUAGGUAGCAUCCAUUUUGCCGGGAAUUUGUUAAUUUUACAUAAAAAAAACGUGUAAAAAAGCUUAGUUUGUGCCCUGGGAGAAUAGCAAAUGAAAGCGAUUCCUGGGAGGGGAAUUCUGUAAGGCUCUGGCAAUGCCAUAUGACAAAUUGGGUUCGAAUCUUAGGAGAGCUUUUUCGAAAAUGCGAUUCUGUAGCCGUGACAUUGCCAUUUCAGCUCACAUGGCAUUGUCAGAAGUCACAUAUAUUUGAGAUUUCUGGCAAUUCAAAUGACAAUGAAUUUUGUUAAACAAAUCAACCAAGACGUUCUGUAUUUUCAUAAAAUCAUCAAUUAAAGGGAUUUCAUUAAAAAAUCAAUGAAUUGCAUUUUCGAACUCAUAUAAUAUGACAGAAAAAGCUCGAUUGGCAUUGUCAGGUUUCGAACUCACGCGUCACAAUGCCACGAACAUUACAGAAUUCCCCUACUGAGAUUUUUUCCACAGGAAGUACUAGGAAAUGUCAAAUGGAGGGGAAUUACAUGAAAAAUCGACAAAAAGCCGAAACAUUUUUCCACCCAGGCUUUAGGAACAUAAAAAAACUUAGAAUGAUUCAUGAAAGGUUCUUUUACAAAUUCAAAUAUUUUUUAGAUAAUUUUUUUUUAUUCGAAAUUGAAGUUCAACUUCUUAUAAAAAUAGGUCAAUAUUUUCGAAUUCUCCCUCAAAUUCCAUUUAAAUGGAUCUAUUUUAUUUUAAAAUCUCUUUUUCGAAAUGAAAAUCCCCAUUGGACUGUACCCCAGAUCAAUUUACCUACUUUUCUGCGCAUUAUCCAAUCCUCUCGUUCAGUAAUAACCUUCUCGAUUUGAGAGCUCUCACCAAUUGAGUUUUUUCUGUACCGAUUCGAAGGUAAUCCCGUUGGAAGUUCGAACGUUUAAACUGACGAGUUACAAAAAAGUACGCAAGUUCAUAAAAAGGACAUUUUAUUUUAAUGAAAUUUGAAUUCAAACGUUCUACCAUCCUAAUAUUCCACAAAAAUCAACUUUUUGCAGCAAACGUUUGCACACUGUUGUUGACGAUUGAUGUGUCAAGAAUACCGAAAUCAGAAAUGGUAGAACAAUCAGUGGCGAAUAUGUAAACUUGCUCCCCGUCAAAUCAUUGCUCUACCUGCCGAUUUUACUCGGAGGUUUUUUGAAUUUUAACGGUAUAUUCUAGUACAUUCAGAGAAAAUCUGCAGAUUCUCGGCAGAAUUUCUCCCUAGAAAAUCUGCAUAACCUCCAUUACUUCACAAAAAUAUUGUUGAUUUAUGAAGAAACUGUAGAAGUUAUAAAGAAAAUGGUAUGCUCUGCUUAACAAGCAUUACCGAGUACACAUUUUAGAUAAAUAAAAAAACUGCGAGCAAAAAUACUAAUUUCUUAAAAAUCACCAAUCGAAUGAUACAAAAACACGAAAUUUUGGUCGACACUCUGUUUAAAGUUUUCACUUCACUUUUCUCUACUUGUAACACGGCGUCGCAGAAUUCUUUAUUUUAUAUAAACACCGUGAUAUCACUAAGAAUAACUCUAUAGAAUUUUGCAAACUUCAGUGAAAAAUUUUUCCAUCUCUUCUGACACAUCUUGUCUGGAAAGUCUGGAAUGUAGAAAAAAUCUACAGAAUAUCUACAGAAAUUCAUCAGAGAUUCGUCAUAAAUCUGCCGAAAUAUUCUGACGAAUUUUGUCCCAAGCCCAAAUAAAAUUCGUAAGAAUAUCUACAGAAUUUAUCUGCAGAUAUUCUGUAGAGGUGUAGAUUUUCUCUACAGAAAUCUUAAAGAUAUCUGCAGAUAUUAUUUGACGGGUCUUAAGCUUUUGCUAGAUUUUCGAAUAGGUUUAGCUCGGCUUUGGAUUGGCUGUAUUUUCGAAGGGUUAUUACUGAACAGAACCAUGAAGAGUUUAUGUUCGAAAAAUUUAUGAAAAUCUGCGCAUUUCAGAAUCAGGUUUUAGUCAGGCAAUAAAAGGCAAAAAUAAUUUUUUUUUGUAGAAAAACCAGGUAGGGAGAGCCUACAUGUUUGAGACGCGGUGGAAUAUUAUUUGAUUAUUUAAAUAAAUGUGACAAAAACGCUAAUCUAAUUAUUUUAAUAAAGUCUGUACAAGUGACUAUACUAAGCGCUACACAAAAUUUCAAGAUAAUUUUCUGAGUUUUGGAAAUAUUACAUUAAAGACAAAACAUAAAAACGUAUCUCACAUGGCGGCUCUCCCCUACUCCAUCUUCGAUUACUUUCCAAAUUUCAACAUAUUGAAAAUACUUCGAAAUAUUAGAAAAUCUGUCAGACAUUGUAUUUUAGCCAAGACACACUUGGGGAAAUUAUGUCGGACUCGUGAGAGCAUCGAAAAAUCUUUCAAGAUUCACUGGUAAAUGGUAUAAUUAAGUCCAAUGCGAAUUAUCUUAGUUUAAACGGGCCAUUAAACAAUUGGAUGUUAAAGGUUAAUUCAAACUAAGAUAUUUCAAAGUGCACAUGACUGUUUCCAAUUCUUGGAAAAUGUUCUUUAAUGAUUCAUUUUAAAUUUUGUCGUUUUCGGACAGAAAUUAGAAAAAAAACUUAGUAUAAUUUCUUUUAAUUUCAAACUAAAAUUAAAAUAAGGGAACUAAAACACCAACGAAAGAUUUUCGAAACUAUUUCGAACAAAGCCGUUUUCAGAGGAUAUUUUAGCUUCGUAAAGCAGGCAUAAAUGAGCGGAAAUGCAGCUCACUGGCGAAUUUUUAUUUCGAAAGGGAUAUUUUUAGUCCAAAUGCUCUGAUUUAUUUGGUUCUGAAAUAAAAUGAAACUUCCAAGGUCAUAAACUUACUGAAAAUAGGUAUGUGUCUUGGGAAAGACUCAUGGUAACACUAUACUCCUUAACAUUAUUAGACCGGCAAAAUGGGAAUAAGCUUUCAGUUUAGAGUGAUAGGAUGAUGAGUACACUAAAAUUUUUGGAGUAGCGACUACAGCGCCAUAAUAUCCCAAAAAAAUGGGUUUGAGUCUUGGGAAAAGUGCCAAGACUUUCGUGAUUUAUUAAUGAAAAUAAUCCUUCAAGAGAUAUACUAUAAAUUGAAAUCAAGUGGCAAAUACAAUAUAUUCCACCGUUGUUGGUUAUGCAGAAAUGCAUUUACAAAAAAAAUGUGUUGUGGGUGGGAAAGGCGAAGUGUCUUUGCUGUAACACAAUGAAAUUGUGUACAAAUGAAAAAAAACAAAGUGUUUUAAAUGUGUAAUUGAGACAAGUUGUUAUGUUUUACUCUUUUAUUUCUUUUAAUGCAUUAUGAAACCCCUAUUUGUUAUUCGAUUUAAAAAUAAAAAAAAAUAAAAAUAAAAAUAAAAAAUGAUGGAAGAGAAAACCUUUUAGAAAAAAAACUAGAUGAUUAUAGAAUAAUGAUGGGAAAAAAUGUGAAAUUCUCUAAGUGGUUCUUUGAUGUUUCACGUAAAAAGAAAGCCCCUAAUCCAUCCUCAGAAAGAUCCAAAGGAUGACCAAAUGAGAUAAAAAAAAAAUGUUUAUUGGUCAAUCCUAAACAUCGCUCUGAUGACUUCUUUACACCUAUAAAGUGCAAAUUCACGAAUUUUUACCAACUCUGUGCCUCUGGCUAUACAAAAAAAAAGAUAAUGAAAAGAAGAGGAUUUUAAAAAUACAAUUAUAUAUUUACAUGGAUACAAUUUUAGCGAAAAAAAAUUACAUACAAAUUUAUUGUGUACACUUCAGUGAAACUGAGAUGUUUUAUUAACAAUUUUAUUACAAGAAAAGAUUAUAUUUUGUAUUUUUAUCGUUGAAUAAAGUUGCAUAUUGAAUGUUUAA